AUGCCUGGCGGCCAAGGUCCAGGCCGUUGCAGGCGCCAUCUGGCGCUCCUCUGCGCAUUUGCAUGGUGUCUUGGGCAGUCGCCGAACGGCGCUCAUGGCUUAUGCCGACAAGGCCUCUGCGCCGUCGAUGCCAACGACGAAGAAGACAUUAGGAGAAGUGUCCUGGAUUCUAGAAACGGCGAGGCGAAGGCGACCGUGCCAUACACCUCGAGAGCCGAGGAUCGGCCGGAUCGGGCUCGGCUGCCCAGCGCGGGCCCUGAGCCACCGGCCUCCCGAGGCUUUGCCGAGAGGCACCGGGAGCUGCGCACUCCUGUUGUGGUCGAGGACAUCAUAGCUGGAGCGCUCGUUGGCGCAGUCACAGGAGCUGUGGCCGGCGCAGGCAGCGGAGCUGCUUUAGGCGGUUCCGGUGGCAACGGCCUUGCCGGGGCGGCUGGAGGUGCGGCCUCGGGAGCCGCCCUGGGCCUUACCAGUGGCGCUGUGGCCGGGGCAGCGCUGACCACCGUGAAUCCCGACGUAGCUGCAGCGGGCGUUGGAGCGGCAGGCGUAGGGGCAGCUGCAGGUGUAGGUGCAGUUCUUAACCGAGCCCAAGGAGUGCAAGAACCUUACGGCAGGUGGCCAGAUGCCAGAUUGGCCCCACGGUACAUGGACGAAGCUCCUCUAGUGCGAGACCGAUGGUCGAGACCCUCGGGGGUCCCACAGGCUCAAGCUGAGGAGCUACGGCCGGAGGCGCAGGCCCCGCCGUCAGCCCCGUCGAAUGUCUCUGGAAGCACGCCCCCAAGCGCAGGAGCAGCUCCGCGUGAGGCUUCAGAACGUGGCGACAGCCAACGUGCUGUGGUCGAGCCAGAAGAGCACGAAAGCCGCGGACCUGAGCACCCGAGCGAUCCUCACCAGGAGAUGUCUGUCUCCAAGCAGAAGCGCUGGAAAAGAGCCAGCCUGCAGCGAGCGAAUGCCAUGCUGUCUGCAGAGAUCGAAGCCCGAAGCGGAGAGGUCGUGGCCAAAGGCCUGGACACCCUUGGAGCACUGCUUUCAAAGCUCCGCCAGCUUCAGGCUGCCAGCGAGGUUGCCAUCGCGCAGGCUACGGAGCAGACCGUGCAAAGGGCCAGGAGCCUCGGCUCGAAGGCACGUGCAGACCGAGACCGCGCAGACGAGGAGAGUUGA